UAGCGUGUCAUAAAAAUGAUUCAUUUAUUAACAAGUGUUUAUUUUGACAAACUAUUCAGGGUAUAGUGGUCACUCCGACUUAUCUUGUUUGCACACAGUAAAUUGCUCAAUAAGUAUUUCGUUGUUAAGCAUUUAGGUGAUGUAAAUCCACCAACAAACAUUUUAACAAUCGCCACACUUUAUAAAUAUUUAAUAGACAAGUUGACAGUCUCGUAGUGGGAGUUAUGUCGACGUACAAGAUAACUUACUUUAACGGGAGGGGGAGAGGAGAAUUAACUCGACUCCUUCUAGUGGCAGCUGGACAAAAAUUUGAAGAUGAACGAGUGACCAGAGAGGAAUGGCAGAAAUUGAAACCAAAUAUGCCACAAGGAACGGUACCUGUGUUGACUGUGAAUGGUAAAAUGUUACCUCAGAGUGGAGCUAUAAACCGGUACCUCGCUAGGAAAUUAGAUUUUUAUGGUAAAACAAAUGAAGAAAUGACGACGAAUGAUAUUAUCAUGGAAACAGUAACUGAUUUUAGAUCUAAGUUAAUCCAGGCCCAUUUGGAACAGGACGACGCAAAAAAGGCAGAACUUUUUAAAAAUAUCAAAGAACAGACAAUUCCCAAUUUCAUUAAGCAGAUGGAGAAUCUUCUCUGUGAAAAUAAUGAUGGCAGUGGAUUUUUUGUUGGCUCUGCGAUAACCGUCGGAGAUUUAGCCUUAUUAGACGUGAUGGAAGUUGUUAUCGGACUAAUAUUACCAACGGCAUUAGACCAAUCAGAAAAGUUAAAAGCUCACCGUGAACGUGUGUCAAAAUCUCCGAGAAUAAAAGAAUGGUUAGAAAAAAGACCAAAAACGGAUAUGUAAUUUUCAUAAAUAAACAAUUGAGAGGUUACUAAAAGAAGCCACUGACAGCUGGAGAAAAAGACUUAGUGAUCCUUUAUAAAAGCCCUUCCAUUAUUAUGUGACUUAAGAUUUUUAAAUUUGCGACACUACUGAGUUAUAUAAGUUAUAAAAGUGAGUGAAGUUCGAGGAUUAUAUGAUAAAAAAAUCUAAAACCAAGAUUUUUUGGCAAAUUGUGUUGUUUCUUAGAGUAACCUCUUUCUGUUUACUGAAUUUUUAUAAACUAAUCCUUGACAAUCAAUAGACUGAACUAUUUCAUGAAUAUGUGGUUUUGAAGUUAAUUGUACAUAACACAGACAAUUCUUCGAAAUAAAUUACAGCUUAUAUUGAUCAGUAUAUGUAUGCGAGUGAGUUGAGUGUUGAAAGGGGUGAAACAAUUGGUAUUGAAAGUAUAUAAAUUUUUAAAAAUGUAA